AUGGCCGACAAACUUAGAACUCAACAAGAGCUCGAGCGCCUUCAGGCAAAGUACAUCGGUACUGGUCACCCCGACACCACCAGCUGGGAAUUCCGUACCAACAUCCAGCGCGACACAUACUCUUCUAUCGCUGGUCACCGACCUCUGCUUUCCUACAUUGCUCUGGCUGAGAACGAGCCUAUCGCCAAGGUCCGCGCUCAGAUGAUUAGGAAAAUGGUUCAACCCUGCGGUCCUCCUCCUCCGCGCGAAGAUUAG